CCUUGUCACAGGCAAUACACAUCCCUGGUUUGAAAUGACUGCAGCAAGGUGACUUGACAUGAUAUAGUACAUGUUUCAAACUAAAUCAAUUAAAUUGAUCAAUUUAAGUAUUGAUCUCGAUCAAAAGGUGAAAUUUUGUGCAUUCAUUGGAAGGUAUAUUGGGGACAAAGAACACAUACCUGAUUUUUACCUGAGAUUUUACCUGUGUAAAGAAAGAAUUUAAACAAAAUCGAUAUAACAGGAGUGAAUUCAGGAUGGAUUAUGUAACUCAUGGAGAAUAUUAAAUGAGAAUGCCUGAAUUACCAGAAAAUGAACAACGACCAAAAAGCCGUAAUGGAUCUGCUAGUAAACGUACAGAACUUCAUAAUUCACUAAAUAAUCAACUAAAUACCACAAGGAAAAGAAUAGGAUCGGCUACAUACUAUGAUAUAGCUUCUACAUUACUAGGACAAGGUCGUACAGCUGACCUUGAAGAAAUUUUUCUGUCUGCUGCUAGAGAUGGUGAUUAUGAGAAAAUCGAAAAUUUCUUACAACGACGGAGUGAUUGUAUAGUUAGUGUUGAUGUUAAAGAUAAAAGGACUGGAAACACCCCCUUAAUAUGGGCUUCUAAAAGGGGCCACACAAAGAUAGUACAACUGUUGCUGAAACAUGGUGCUGAUGUAACUCUACGUAACUAUGAGAACCAGACAGCGGUAGAUGUUGCCUCCUCGGCUAUAAAGACGGUGCUAUUGGAUUCUGUGGAAAGAACCACAGAAUCAUGGCAUCAUUUACUGCUUCAGGCUGCAUGGCAGGGAAAUAUCAAAGUUGUCAGGAAAUUACUUAAUGAAAAUAAAGUACGUGACAUAAAUUGCUGUAAUUCUGAAGGAUUGACGCCAUUGCUAUUGGCAACACGGGACAUGGUGGUGUUAGAAAAGUUAUGUACACAGUUAAACAAACCAUACCAUCCUGCAGAAGUUGUGGCAGAACUCCUCAGAUAUAGAUGCGAUAUCUAUGCUGCUGAUGGAGAUGGGAAAACUUGCCUUCAUUACGCAUCUCAGUCGAAAGCUAUCAUUUCCCCAAUGGUGGUGCAAACAAUAAUUACAGCAGGACCAGAUAUAGAACUGCAAGAUAAAAGAUUAUUUGCUCCCAUACACUGUGCCUCCCAAACUGGCAAUGUCGAUACAAUAGAAACGUUAAUACAAGGUGGAUCUAGUGUCAACAGUCGGGGGUUUGCUGGUACGACCCCUCUACAUAUAACAGCUUACAACGAUCAUGAGAAAGCAGCUUCGUGUCUUCUAAGUUAUGGUGCUCAGGUUAUGCUAACUGAUGAUCGGGGACUGACAUCAUUAGAUCUUGCCAGAGGAAAAAAAAUGAAAGCUACACUGAAGGAGGCAUGGAUGGAGGCUACUAGGGGAAAACCUGUCGUAGAUCUUGCCCCAAUUAGAGCCCCAAGCAGAGAAGAGGUCAGAGCAUCUGUAGAAAAAUUUGAUUCCAAAAGAAAAGGAGAAGUUAUUUUUGAUGGUCAUCCCUCCAACCCAUUUGCCAACAUGCAGAGCACACCUCAUCGAGGUCAACCUGUAUCUAGACAUUUAAGUUUGAAGGAGAAAGCCAGUCGAGCCGAGGCUUUGAUGAAUAAAGAUAUAGAAUCAGGACGAUUUAGUCCAUCCCCAUAUGCCAAAGAUGGACCACGCCGUCUUGGUGUUGUUAGAGGAGGACGUAAACCCUCCCCCUUACCUCGAGUUAACAGUAAAGAGCGACAUCCAUCAGUUAGUCCCGAUAGGCUCAGUAAUGGUGGAAGAGAGUCGCCAGCAUUUAACAGAAAUGGUCGAUUUAGAAAAUCAUUUGAUGAGGGCCGACUCAGUCGAAAUAGAAAUAAUAGUAAUAAAUUAUUAACCCACCCUUCACCUGGUUCCCGGUUCAACAAAGACAGUGGUAUAAAUACUCCAACAGAAGACUUGGAUAACUGUCUACAGAAUUCUAGAUUAACACCUGUAUCUCCAUCUCCAAGUUUGUCAAAGAAAAAGCACAAAAGAUCUGGAUCAGACACAGCAACCUCUGUCAAGGUCGGCCAUGUUGCUGCAUCAUGUGAUCCUAUCAUGUCACAGAAAGGACGUGUGUCACAUCCAUUGAGUCGUAGUGAUGACUUCACAUCUUCUCCGUAUUUAAUACGAGUAAAACCUGCACAAACAAGAGAAGAUAACAAAUAUAAAACUAACACACACGCUGUUGUUCUGGAUCUGGAGAGAAUGGGUUUAGUAAACAAAUGCCAGACACCAGUCCAAGGGGCACCAGUGUGUCCUACUUCGUCUAAAGUGCUGCCCCCUACACCUACAUGUACAAAUGAGAACAGUUGUCUAGAGUCGAAGACUAUCAAUAGAGAAGAUACUGAUUCAUCAAAGGAAGCUUCUCCUCGCUCUGAUGAUGAACGCCCUAAUUUAGGAGGAGAAAUUAAACAAGCAUUUAGUAGUACCCUUACUUUACUGAGGACUAAAACAAAGUACAAGGAAGAUUUUGUUUUGGAAGAAAGUCGACCCAAAGAUUUAAAAGAACUGUUGAUCUUACAAUCCUCUGGAAGUGAGGAAUCAAACUAUGGGUCGAUUUCUAGUCGCAGUAGUGACUCUUCAAAAGAGAAUAAUGGACAACCGUAUAAAAAGGUCAAUAAUUUAAAUCCUGUUCCUCAGAAACAGCAAGAUUUAAAGAAAAAUAUAAGAAAUUUCCCAAAAGACAAUAAAAAGUUUUCACUUCGACCAAAUAAUAACAAAGUAGUGGAAGGUACUUCAAAGAAGAAUUUAGAUGUUUUAAAGACAAGAUAUGAUACGCCACCUGUUGGACAAGCUGUGAAUAGUGAUAAAGUAAUAGUACAUUCAAACAAUUUGCUAAACAGUGAAAUUAAUUCAGCAAGGAAAGAAACUACAGGAAAUAGUAAUUCACAAAAUCAAGAGAAACCUCAGGGUCAGAGUUCAGCAAGUGUUUCAAAAGAAAGUAAAACUAGUGUUAAACAGUCUAGUCAGUCUAAAAGUGGACAAGGUCAGGUAGACUUUCAAGGUCAGAGGCAGAGAACUGUGCAAAGUUUGAGAACAUCAAAUUCUGGUAGAUUAGAAAAUGAUGGAGAAAAACCUCCCAUCAAAAGUAAUACUAUAUCUACAACAGUUUCUUCAAAUGCCAUUGUUAAGCUUGGCACAAAGCCAGGUAGCUCUAAACCAAUGCAAGUUGUUUCUAAUAAACUUAUUUCUAAUGUUCGAGACGAAGUUCAGAGACAAAAAUCUGCCAAGCAAAGUGAACAGGAUACUGUAGCUGAUAGAAAGAACUCUGCCAAAAAUUCCUCUUUAACGAAUAGUAUAAAACAAAUGAUAAAUGUUGCUAAAAGUGUUGUAGUGCCAAAUUCUGGAAAGUCUAAACAGAAAAACUCUGCUGUGAGUAAAUCAGUGGAUUCGGGUCCAUUAGUAACAACACCUGUUGAGAAUAAACAAACACCUGCCAUCCCGUCAGAGUUUUUACGUACUGGAUCAGGGUCGGGGAAGACUGUGUACACGGAUAUUACUAAUAAUUCUGUUUCUUUGACUCCUGAUAUAGGUGGUCAAAACAACUCAAAUACAAAAAAUAGUGUUAAAGACAAAGUUACUCAAAAUACAACAAACUCAUCAACUCUUUCUGGAAAUAAAGUAACAAAUACUAAACCAGAAAAUAACCAGUCAAAACGGCCUCUCCCUCAGUCUGUUGGAAAGAUAAGUGGUGCUAAUUCAUCAAAGAAUAUAUCACAAUCUAAUACUGCUGUCUCCAAAUCUGUCACAAAAGUGUCUUCACCGGCCACAAGCAGAAAGAACUCGCCAUCACAACAAAACAAUUUAUCUGCCAAAAUUUCAUCUUCACCCCUGAUCAUUAAAUCAGCAUCGAUGUCUACUAUUCAGGAAUCACACAAUGACAAAUCGGUAAAUCUGAAAUCUCAAUCAAAUUCUAACGUUACAAAAUCAGAAAGUGACUCAAAUAUUAAAGCUAAAACAGAAGAACAGGAACCUGCACAUUUCAAAUAUAAACCAGCUAGUGCGGGAAAACCGCCAUUAGUAGAAAUAUUACCGUCCGAUACACCAAGGUCAAAAAGGACUCAGGGUGUUUUCAUAAAUCCAUUGGAACCCGUAGCUACACCUAUUAUUGUUAAUCCUUUUGAACAGUUUGAAAAGCCAACGGGUAUUUCUGCAACAGAGUAUGGAUUUGUUGUACAAAAGCCAGGUAUUGAGAGAUCUAAAACACAAAUUUCAAUAAGAAGCAGAGGAAAGAGUGCAAAGAAGUCUGGGAAAGAUGGAAAACCUGGCUCAGCUACAUCCAGUAGAACUGGAGGGAAAAGAAAAGUUUUGAAAAAUAAAGAUGGUAAAAAUUCAGAUGAGGGAAAUAAUAGACCAAAGAGUGGAAAGCCAAAAAGAAGAAUUAAAUCAGGAAAACGGAGGAAAAAAUCUGCAACUGAUUCUGUACUUACUAAACAGUCAGAACAAUCUGAUAUUGCUCUGAUUUCUGGGAUAGGUUGGCAUGUAGCCACUUCCUGUUACGAUAAAUCUGAUGUUGCUAAUAUACAAAGAAUUGGGUCGGAUUCAUCAGAGUCAUCAGACAGUGACGAUCUAGACAUGCCAACUCCAAGACAUUAUCGUCCAUUACAUAUUGAAACUUCAAACCUUGCUGAAUUGCCUGCACAUUCUCCUAGGUUCUUGGAAGUAAAGCAAAGAGAGCAGCAGAGAAACAUAAAUAUUCCAGUAUUAGAUAAUGACGGCUACCCACCAAUGAACCUGGAUGUUACACAGAAAUCAUUGCCAAGUGCAUUUGAUAUUGAAAAUUUCUUGAAAAACUUGAAUCAAGAAUCUGGCUCAGAAAUGAAUUUUGAUCAAGCAAUUAAAAAUUUGGCAAUAAUACCACAGGAUAUAGAUUAUGAUCCAGAUUAUGCUAAUUCACCUGAAGUUGACGAACAGACAGCAGCUUUACAUAGACAAAUCUUAAUGGGAAAGUUAACUCCUAUUCCAGAAUCUCCGUCAAUAAAAUCCUCUCAUGUUCUUAAAACUGCAGAGGCUAUACAAAACUUUGAUCAAAAAGUGAAAGAAGAAGCACUUAAUCAGUUACUAGGACUUAAUUCUGACAGAAAUAAUAACAAGGGUUUAGAGAAUGUGGUAAAUGAUGUUCACAAUGUGAGAAAAAGUGCAGAGAAUAUGGUAAGAAACAGUGCUACAGAUAUUGCAUUAGGGAAUACCCUAAAUGCAAGUCCUAAACAAACUAAUUCUCAGCCUCCUGGCAAAAGCAGUGGGAGGAGACGCAUUGAAAAAACUCCAUCGUCUGAGAAAAGGGGACAUAAUCCUGCAAGUAGGAGUUCUAGUAAUACAUCGGUGAAAGACAAAAAUAAUAGUGCAUCAAGGUUAAAUUCCAGAAACGAGUCUGGAAACUCAAAAGGUAGACUGUCACGCCAAAGUUCUAGUGACAUUAGAAGGUCAAGUGAAGCCAUCAAUGAAUCCGAGAAGCGAAAAUCAAGGGAGGCAAUCAAUGAAGUAGGGAAAAGUAGUGAAGUUAAAAUUGUGAAAGAAGAAUUUAUUAAUGAGAGGGAGUCAUCUGAAGAAUGUCUGCUAGAUGCAAAGGGAAACAUUAGUUCUCGGAGGGAAAGAAAGUUUUCUGAAAGUAAAAGUGACCAACCAGAGGAUGAAAAUAAUAUUGAUACAGUUAUUGAAGAAAUAUUAAAUAACAAUACAUACACGUCUACAUCAUCUAUCAGAUCUACUGGAUCAUUUAGAAUGUCUAAUCGUACCGACACAAUAACUCCAGCAGAUCGUCAGUUGUUGUUGAAAAUGACGGCUGAGGCGGAUAAUUCACCAUUCCAUGCAGGUAGGCUUGCUGAGUCUUUUACACCUAGAGGAAAUCAAAUGUUUGAUCGUGAUGAGAAAAACAGACUUGCCGAGUCAUUUACCCCAAGAGCAAAUAAAGGGGAAAAUAAUCUCCGAAAACCUAUGUUAUCUGGUAGUAGUAGUCAUCCUCGCCUAAAUCAGAGUGUUGAUUUAGAAGCUAAACAAACAAUGGCUAAAAUCCUUAAUAGCUUCAAAAAGAUGGAAAUGUAUGUUGGUGAUCACAAACGUGAGACAAGGAAAGAUGUGACAAAACCUGAGAUUAGUUCAUCUGUACCAACAUCUGCUGUUAGGGUAUCAGUUCGACCAGGAACCCCAUCUAAAGUUAGAUCAGCUGGUAAAUUCACUGAGAUUAAAAAGGAAAAGAUGACCCCACGAGCUGAUGAAGGGAGAGUUGUUAAGAACUCUUCAAGAUUGGAGGAUAGCAGGGCUGUGAAGAGUAGUUCUCAUAAUGUAAAGAGUAGUUCACAUAAGCAGAAAUCUUUCAUCAGACAGUCAGUAGAACCAAGUAUACAAGUAGAAUUACCUGUGAUACCUGUCGCUGGAGGUGAUUUUGAUGAGGAAGACUUACUGAUACCUGAUAAUGAGACAAUUUUCAGCCAUUUAUCAAGUUCUGACAGUAGAUCAGGCAGUGCUUGUACAGUAUUUUCCCAGGCAGAGGAAACCAUACAGUGGAAAAAAGGCAAUGUUCUGGGUAAAGGGGCAUUUGGAACAGUAUGGUGUGGUUUGACUAAUGAGGGACAGUUGAUAGCUGUUAAACAGAUAGAAUUAAAUACAAUGGACCAGGACAAGGCAAAGAGAGAAUAUGAAAAGGUUCAAGAAGAAGUGGAACUUCUCAAAACACUUAAUCAUAAAAAUAUUGUAGGAUAUCUUGGAACUAGUCUAGAAGAAAACAUUGUCAGUAUAUUCAUGCAGUUUGUACCUGGUGGUUCUAUAGCCAGUAUAUUGGCCAGAUUUGGUGCUUUAGAUGAAGCUGUGUUCAGAAAAUAUACAAAACAGAUUCUAGAGGGCGUGGAAUAUCUCCAUUCUAAUGACGUUAUACACAGAGAUAUAAAAGGAGGAAACGUAAUGUUAAUGCCAAAUGGGAUUAUAAAAUUAAUAGACUUUGGAUGUGCCAAACGAUUGUGUAUAAAUCUCAGCAUGGGACAGUCACAAAUUCUCAAGUCCAUGAAAGGUACACCAUAUUGGAUGGCUCCAGAGGUUGUCAAUGAAACUGGACAUGGAAAGAAAUCAGAUAUAUGGAGUGUUGGUUGUACUGUAUUUGAAAUGGCAACUAGGAAACCUCCAUGGUCGGAUAUGAACCCUAUGGCAGCCAUAUUUGCUAUUGGUUGUGACAGACCUGUGCCAGAGCUGCCAGAAAGGUUCACCCUAGAGGCCAGAGAUUUUGUAAACAGUUGUCUUACCAGGGACCAAAGUAAGAGAUUAUCAGCUACUCAACUAUUGCAUCAUGAAUUUCUUAUACGAAGGAGACAUUCAACAAAGAAAUAAGAAAAACCCUAGUAUAUAUGUUUUUAUACUUCAUGAGACGAAAAGUCUUUCUGCAGACCAAUUAGAUAGCAGAAUUAGUACACAACAUGUACCUAAUGGAAGAAGACUUUGGACAAUAAAAUGAUGAAACCUUGUAAAGGACACUUGUCUAUGACAUUCUAUAUGUAAAUGAUAAAACCAUAAACAAUAUAGACCUCACAAUGUGUACCUGCAGUAAACCUUUUAUGAAGAAUGAUUGAACCUAAUAUGCAGAUUAUAAGAGACUGCAGUGGAAAAGAAAUUAGUUGAAUUUAUUUUACAUCAAGAAAGAAGUUUGAAUCAUACCUGAGAUUUAUAACUACUCAUAAUAUAUUUUUCUUAUAAGAAUGAUCUUAAAACAUCUUUGAAUGAUUGAAAACAGUAUAUUACUAGAGUAACUUCUUGAUGGGUCUAAGCUAUGACAUAAAUUAUGGAAGUGACCAUUUUGUUUCAAUCAUUAGUAAAGAGUCAUGAUUUACCUAAAUAUACCUCAUGUAUUUAUAUGAAUUUUGAUUAUGAUGGACCACAUGUGUAACAUUUGAAGAAUUAACUAUAAGGGACCCAAAUAAUAGACAUAGAGACUAGGGGGUCAUGAUGAAAGGUGCAAUGUAUGUAAAAAGAAGUAACUAUUAUGGGACCAGGUUUAAAGAAGGACUAUGUUUCAAGGGGUACCAUCAAAGGACAUUAUUAAAGAUGGUUAACAUUACGGGACCAAUAUUGAAGAGUUUCAUACAUGAAGAGAUCAUUAUUAAAGACUCGAACUAAAAGGACUAUGAUUAAAAAAGUAAUAUCUAUGGACCACAAUUAGAAACAUAAAAGGACAGUGAUUAAAGAGGCAUGAAAGGACCACAGUUAAAGAUGUUAACUUUAAUUGAUUAUGAUCCAACAUUAUUGAAAUGACCAAAGUUUUAUAUGAAUGAAUAGAGAGUUAUGAAAAUUCUGCCAUAGGUUUUUUAUUUAUAUCAGGUGACAAAAUUAGUCAUAUAUGAAUGUGUUCAAGCGAUAAUGUUUUAAUCACUUUACUUUAAAUGUUUCAUUUAAAUGUAGAUCAUGAAAGGACAAAAAGCUGAGCUAAUGACAAGUGAAGUAUGACAUAAAGAUGUCAAGUGUAAAAUGAAUAAUUUGUUGAUAGCAUUGUUUUAUCAAAAAUUUAGAUUUAAACAUAUUUUAAUGUUUUAGUCCAGCAAAACUGUUUAAAUGAGGUUUUUUUAAAUAAUUUUAUUUGAUAUUAAUUUGAUAUAUUUUUAGAUGCUCUUUUUAUAAAAUUUGAUAUCAAUUAUUUAGAUUUUGGAAUACACUCUACAUUCCCUUAAUAUUUCAACAAAACCUCCAUCUUUAAUCAUAAUUUUUACAACAUACAAUUUCAAUAUACAUUGUCAUAAACCAUAACAUAUUUGUCAUACUAUGUCAUUACUUAAUGUUGUUAACUUAUACAACAUGCAAUUCAAGUACGCAUUGUCAUAAACCAUAACAUAUUCAUACUUUGUCAGAACUCACUGUAAUAAACCAUUACACAUCUGACAUUCUAUGUCAGUACUCACUGUAAUAAACCAUUACAUAUCUGACAUUCUAGGUCAGUAUUCACUGUAAUACACCAUGUCAUGUUUGUAAGUGUCACCAUUGAUAUGAUUUGAUCACCAUUGAUAUGAUUUGAUCACCAUCCAUAAUUUCACCAUCAAUUAGUGCAAGAAAACAUUUAAGAUGCAAUAUAAAGUCAUGGAAUUAUUUACAUUGUCUUGUUGUGCAAGUUCUGUUUCAUGGAAAUGUAGAUUAAUUUUAUUUCAUUGAAGAGAAAUCCAAUUAUGUGUAUUGUUAAUUCAUAGUAAGCCUAAUUAACCUCACGUUGUAAUUUCUACCGUUUACCUCAAUAAAAGUAAUUAAUUGUACUGGGGUAAUCUAUACUGUUCAUUUCAGUUGAAGUGAUUAAUAUGAAUACAAUUUUUAAACCUAAGAGAGAAAAUGGAUCUUGUAUUAUGGUUUAGGUUAAAUAUAAUAAAAUUAUUAGCAAGAGGAAGAAAUCUCAGACACUUAUGUGUAAGAUUUCCAGUCUCUGAAAUGUCUUGUUGGAGUAACAGAUGAUAGGAAAUCUUACUCGAUCUUGUCUGAGAUUUCCAAGUCUGUUAUUUGCAGUAAUUGAUUCUUGGAAAUCAAUCAAUUAUUAAAGGGUGUAUUCCGUUUGAAUCGUAAAAUACAGUAAUUUAAUGUAGCUAAUUAAAGUUGUGAAUUAGUAUCCAAAGUUGUGGCUUGUAUUAUUAGAGUAUCAAUAUGCCAAUUGAUUUAAUCUUACAUGUUAAAUAUUUACUUAUAAAUGCUGUACUUACAAGUUGUUGUGACAGUUUGUUAUUUUGUGAUAAAUGGUAUCCGUUGACAACGAGGUCUAACCUCGCUAUACAUGUGUCUAAAUGUUGUAUAGAUGCACACUCAAAACACUAGUUUGUGCUCAAGCUAGAUAUUAGCAACAUUAAUGCAAAUCAAGACAUAAGUUUUGACCUUGAGAUAAGACAGUAUGAAACAACUCUAUGGUCUAUUGAGAUUUUUAAUACAACUGCCUAUGAUAAUUCUGUCCAUGCCUGCAUCUGGCAUUUAUUAUUUACACUGCUACAGUGAUAAGUGCAUUUAUUGUGUGUUUGUGUGUAAAUAUGUUUAGAAUAUUUGCAUCAGGUUUAAUGUUUUGGAGAUUUAAUAUUUAGGUCUAUUUUAAUGGUUUGUGGUUGAAGUAAUUUUUGUACUUUUAAAAAGAGAUUAUUGAUUUGAGGAAUAGAAUAGGUGAAUAAAGAUAUUCCAGAAACCAGUGUUGUGAACACGAAAAUCACACAAUUUGUGUUUUUUACAUGACUAUCAUUUAGACUCAAAUUUUACAUUUCUGUCAAAUGCAAUUCAUUAUUAGAGUAGUGCUAAACUUUUGUAUUAUUUAUGUUAUGUAUAUCAAAACAUGAUGAAUAUAAGUGAUAUUUUUCAUGUAUGAAAGCUAUAUUCCAUGUCUGAAGCUGUUAUAGUUAUUUUUAUCAAUUCAAUAAAAGAUCCAAUUGAAUUUUACAACAAGUAGCAAAAUUUAAGAAACAUCAUUUUGUUGUUUUAUUUGUCAGAAUUUGUCUUUUCGAUGUAUUUACUAUAUAUUUUCAUUUGAAAUAAGUAGAUUGCUAUGAAAAGCAGUAUAUUUUAUAGAAAUCAGGAUAAAUAUCAAUGUGAUAAAAAUACAAAUCCAGUGUCCACACUUAGCUUACCAGGAUUUGACAACACUCCGUUCUUCUUUCUCUUCUGCUAAUUAUUACUUCAGUCAAUACCAUUUCAACCUUCAAAUUUUUCAAGGUGUUUAUCUAGGGCAAAAAUAGAGGAUUUUAAAAGGUCUUUUAAAAAAACAGAAAAUAGAGUGAAGUGUCAGAUUCUGGUAAACAAAGUCGGACACAGGAUCUGUUUUUAACCAGAUUGCAUAUAAUGUGGUAAGAUAACCUAGUUUAUACAAUUCAUACAGUAAAAAUCACAAUAAGUUCUAUCAUUAAACUAGUCACAGAGUUAUCUUACUGAGAAAUAGAGUAGACCUGUAUUCAUUGGUAUAUUUUUAAUCUCAUACAUACAAAGUAAAUGUUUAUAUUUUUUGUGCUUACAAGGCUUGGAUUUUUCACUGGAAAUAUUUUGAAAUUUGUCAUUUUUACUAAAAUGUUUCAGAAACCACCUGACAUAAAAUUUAUUUAAAGAAAUUCAAGCCUGUUUGUGAUCCAGAGUAAAUGUAACUAUUUUUUAGUGUAGACCAAGCCUGUUUGUGAUCAGAGUAAAUGUAACUAUUUUUUAGUGUAGACCAGUAUAGACUGGUGUCCUGUCUGUGAUAACUUUUGUGAUGGUCAUUAAUAGAUUGUCUUCCUUUGAAAAUAAAAUAUUUCACUAGUA